CAACCGCAUGGCGUCUUGACCUCUUCGGACGUCUAACCUCUUUUAUUUUACACCUCUUUAUUUUCCGCACACGAAAAAAAAACAAAAACAAUAGGCCAUAGACAAAGUUUAGAAAAAAAAGUUCGUCGCAAAAAGUUUUUAUAAAAACAUCUAUUCUAUCUGGUGCUGUUAUUGCCUUCUAUGUGUGUGUAUUGUUUCGUAUUUACAAGUGUGUUUAUGUGUGUGUGUCAGUGUGAAAGUUUGAAAGUUCCGACAUGAAUGGAGUAGUUGUGGAUUCCGAACGUAACGCGGAAAUGGCGGGAAAUGUUGACAGGCACUCCGCGGUGGACGUGGUCGCGGAGGCGAAAAGGGAACGUGACGUCAGCAAAAUAUGGCAGCCAUCAGACACUGACAGGUUGUCAGCAUACUCCCCCGACCGCUCGUCCCUACUGCGCUCGCACGCCGCCAAGUCAGCCGAGUGCAGCGGCCAGGGGUCCCCUAAAGCCAGGAGAACCCCCAGGGAAUCACGACGGGUGUCCCUCGCACAAGCCCCGGGAUACGUGCAACUCAACCAGUAUAGACUGCUGGAGCCGAUUGGUCAGGGUUCAUACGGCAUCGUCAAGUUAGCCUACAGCGAAGAAGAUGAUACGCAUUAUGCAAUGAAGAUCCUCUCAAAACGCAAGCUGAUGCGGCGCGCGGGCCUCUUCGGGAGGACGCCUCCGAGGAAAACUGGCCCCGGCCCUCCCUCCGACCCGCUGCAGAGGGUUUACAGGGAAAUUGCUGUGCUCAAGAAACUGGACCAUCCCAACGUUGUCAAGCUUGUUGAGGUGUUAGACGACCCAGCGGAAGACCAACUGUACCUGGUGUUCCAGCUGUUAGAAGGUGGACCUGUGAUCGACGUCCCCACAGAAAACCCUCUGAGUGAAGAGACUGCGAGGAAGUACUUUCGAGACGUGGUGCUCGGCGUUGAAUAUCUGCACUUUCAACGCAUCGCGCACCGGGACAUCAAGCCGGCGAACCUGCUGAUGGGAGAGGGAAGAGUGCAGGUGGCAGACCUCGGCGCGUGCGGGGAGCUGGCGGCGGCCGGGCGGCUGUCCGGCGCGGUGGGCACUCCGGCCUUCAGGGCUCCGGAGGCUGUGGCUACCACUGACAAGUACAAUGGCGAAGCGGCAGAUAUCUGGUCUCUGGGCGUUACCCUCUACGCCAUGGUGACGGGAAGAGUGCCGUGGAUAGGGGCGACGUCCACCGACCUUCAGAAGCGGAUCCUCGCAGAACCUCUGACUUUUCCUCCAAGACCGCCACUCUCCAGGUCCCUGAAGAGGUUCCUAGCGCGGAUGCUGGAUAAGGAUCCUGUUACUAGAGCCACUAUGAAAGAGAUUAAGGAACAUGAAUGGUUGACCCUCGGAGGCAAAGAGCCUCUCCCCUCGGAGGAGGAGAACUGCCGCCUGGUGGAGGUCACUGAUGAGGACAUGGCGCGCGUCGUCACCUCCAUCCCCAACCUGUCCACGCUCAUACUCAUAAAGACCAUGCUCAAGAAACAUAGCUUUCAGAAUCCAUUCUUGCGCAGUCGUGAAGGCAGUGCUAGACGGGAGUCCACUGACGCUGGACCUGGUGUUGCCACUGAAGAGAGUGAAAGAGAAGGAGAGGCAGCUAAAGCUGAUAGAGCCACGCGAAGAGCUAACCUAGCUCGUUCAGGAAGAUCUCUAUCGGCCCCUGGGAACUAUCUUACUGACAAGCAACAGUCAUUUGACAUAUCUCUGGAAUCGGUCCAAGAGUCCAAAGAAGUGAAAUCGAUCAAACCAGCAGAACAGAGCAGUCAGAACGUUCCUAAAGCUCAAACAAACUCUAAGCCCCAAGAAAAAGAAAGCAAAGAAAACAAACCGAAUGGAGAUAGAAAAGAGAAUAAGGGGAGGUGAUGCCGAGCGCCCGCGCCCCGCGCUUCUCCUUGAGAUUCGUUACCCGACGGGUCUUCCAACCAAUCAAAUUAUUUGUGCAUCUAGUAACUAACCCAAACUACUUAUCCUAAAAAUUUUAUAAAAGAAGACAAGCAGAUGUUAAAGAAAGAGAACAACUGAAGAUAAAUAGAGUGGCUCGUCUUUAUAGAUACGUCAUCGCAUUUGUAAACCCUCAAAUUCUUCCUAUAAGAGUAUUUGAGAAUUUGAGACCCAAUGCUGAACACAUCUAGCAACCAGUUGGAAAGUUUGUUGAGUGGAAUAAAAGGCUGUUUGAUGUCUUAAAACCUUUUCCUAUAAAUAUGGUAUGCGCAAUUUUUCAGAAUAGUUAUUGUGGUUAGUGAUUAUAUUAUUAAGUUUUAUUAUGGUUUAAGUACAGUGAAAACAAGGUUAUCACCUUGAUUCAUAAUUUUUAAAUCACAGUACAAGUAAUUACAUACUUAAUUUAUGUUUGUAAUGAAAUUUAGUACAUUGAUGACGUUAUUUUAUAUAACUUUUUGUAAGCUUCAGUUGAUUGUUGCAUUUAAAAGUAAAAAUUCUUCAGUACUUAGGCCAUUUCUCGUUGCAUUUUUUAUAUAAAACACCAUUUAUUAGGUAAGUUUAAUAAAAUCCGCUUAGCAGAUUUCUUCAAAGCUCAAACGUCAAUUUAUUGUGUAGUCUUAAAAUAUUAUACUAAGCAAAAACUAUAAGAAACAAAUGAGAUAUUAUAAGAAGAAAUGAAAAUGUUAUGUAUGGGCUAAGGCUGACUGCCAUAGUAAGUAUUGCCACAGGUAACAUGAUCAUAAAAUACUUAAUUUGUUAUAAUAAUAUACCUACCUGAACAAAAUGUUUUCCUAAUGUUUCGUUUUUCACUAGGUAAAGUAGCUGCAAAGCUAAAAUGUAACAUAGGUAAUGUAAUUUUUAAAACAUUGAAUAAAAUAGGAAAUAAACUUUUCCUAUUCAAAUUUUUAAUACCUAGUCAAAUCAAUCUACUGCUGAUUUAGAAAUUCUAACGAGUAGUACUUUCCCUAAAAAAGUUAAAAAACAACUAACAAACAAAAAUAGUAAUUCUAUCAUGUAGAUUUUUGGACCUAUUUGAUUACUUACAAAUAGUUUUAUUGGCAACUAGCAGAAAUCAAAUUAUAGUCUUGAAUUAACCGAAUUCAGCUUUAAACAUUAAUUCAUGACGUACCUAUAGGCCCUUACUU